AUGCUAAGUGCGAAACUGAGUGCUAAGAGAAUCGGAUCAAGAGCUUUUUCGGCCACCACCAGAGCCAUGAGAACGGAGAAGGAUGCGUUUGGAGACAUCGAGGUCGCCGACAACAAGUACUGGGGAGCCCAGACUCAAAGAUCGUUGCAGAACUUCAAGAUUGGCGGGGCCAGAGAAAGAAUGCCGGAGCCGAUCGUGCACGCGUUUGGUGUCCUGAAGAAGGCCGCUGCCACGGUCAAUGCGGAGCUCGGCAUUCUGGACCCGAAGCUCGCCGAUGCCAUCAAACAGGCGGCCACCGAGGUCGCGGAAGGGAAACUCGUCGACCACUUCCCAUUGGUGGUUUUCCAGACGGGUUCGGGAACCCAGUCGAACAUGAACGCCAACGAGGUGAUUAGCAACAGGGCCAUUGAGAUCCUCGGCGGAAGACUGGGCUCCAAGAAACCCGUGCAUCCAAACGACCACGUCAACAUGUCGCAGUCGUCCAACGACACGUUCCCGACUGUGAUGCACAUUGCUGCCGUCACAGAGAUCACCAACCACCUGCUGCCAGAAAUGAGGGCUCUGAGAGACUCUCUUGACAAGAAGGCCAAGGAGUUUGCCGACAUCAUCAAGAUCGGCAGAACUCACUUGCAGGACGCCACUCCGCUGACUCUCGGGCAGGAGUUCAGCGGCUAUGUGCAGCAGUUGACCAACGGCAUCGCCAGAGUCGAGCACAGCCUCGAGAGCCUGAGAUAUCUGGCCCAAGGUGGCACUGCCGUUGGCACUGGUUUGAACACGAAAAAAGGCUUUGCCGAGAAGGUGGCAAGCGAGGUUUCGAAACUGACCGGUCUGCAGUUCCACACUGCGCCUAACAAGUUCGAGGCUCUUGCUGCGCACGACGCCGUUGUCGAGGCCUCUGGCGCGCUGAACACGGUGGCUGUCUCGCUGUACAAGAUCGCCAACGACAUCAGAUACCUUGGUUCUGGCCCUAGAUGCGGCUACGGCGAGCUCUCUUUGCCUGAGAACGAGCCGGGCUCGUCCAUCAUGCCGGGAAAGGUCAAUCCUACCCAGAACGAGGCCAUGACCAUGGUGUGCACGCAGGUGUUUGGAAACCACUCGUGUAUCACGUUUGCCGGCGCCUCGGGCCAGUUCGAGCUGAACGUGUUCAAGCCGGUCAUGAUCUCGAACCUGCUGUCCUCGGUCAGACUUCUUGGCGACGCGUGCUACUCGUUCAGAGUGCACUGUGUUGACGGCAUUGUGGCCAACAGAGACAAGAUCGAGAAGACUCUGCACGAGUCGCUGAUGCUUGUCACUGCUCUGAACCCAAAGAUCGGCUACGACAACGCCUCCAAGACGGCCAAGAACGCACACAAGAAGGGCCUCACUCUGAAGGAGAGCGCUCUGGAGCUGGGCAUGCUGAGCGAAAAGGAGUUCGACGAGUGGGUCAGACCAGAGAAGAUGAUUGGGCCAAAGGACUAA